AUGAACGAGGCGAAGGCCGAAGCUGUUGUGUCUCCUCCAGGCUCUGGACGCUGCUCAAAUGAUGAAACGCGUCUGGUGAAAACCUUAUUCAAAGGCUACAACAAAGUAGUCCGUCCUGUCAAUCACUUCAAGGACUCUGUUGUGGUUACCGUUGGGCUGCAGCUUAUCCAGCUCAUUAGUGUGGAUGAAGUCAAUCAGAUUGUCACAAGCAACGUUAGACUGAAGCAGGCAUGGCAAGAUGUGAAUUUACAAUGGGAUCCUCAGGAUUAUGGAGGAAUCCAAAAGAUAAGAAUCCCAUCCACGGACAUUUGGCGUCCUGACCUUGUUCUCUACAACAAUGCAGACGGUGACUUUGCCAUCGUGCACGAGACCAAAGCGAUGCUGGAACACACAGGGAUGAUCACUUGGAACCCGCCGGCCAUCUUCAAGAGCUACUGUGAGAUCAUCGUGCUCCACUUCCCCUUUGACUUGCAGAACUGCAGCAUGAAACUGGGCACCUGGACCUACGAUGGCAAGCUGGUUGUCAUCAACCCUGAUAGCGACCGCCCUGACCUGAGCAACUUCAUGGAGAGCGGUGAGUGGGUGAUGAAGGACUACCGCAGCUGGAAGCACUGGGUCUACUACGCCUGCUGCCCAGAUACGCCCUACCUGGACAUCACCUACCACUUCCUCAUGCUGCGUCUGCCACUCUACUUCAUCGUCAACGUCAUCAUCCCCUGCAUGCUCUUUUCUUUCCUCACUGGCCUUGUAUUCUACCUGCCCACGGACUCUGGUGAGAAGAUGACCCUGAGCAUCUCCGUCCUGCUGUCUCUCACUGUGUUCCUGCUCGUCAUAGUGGAGCUCAUCCCCUCCACCUCCAGCGCUGUGCCCCUGAUUGGGAAGUACAUGCUGUUCACCAUGGUCUUCGUCAUCGCCUCCAUCAUCAUCACCGUCAUCGUCAUCAACACCCAUCACCGCUCCCCCAGCACACACACCAUGCCUUCAUGGGUCCGCAAGAUUUUCAUCGAUACCAUUCCCAACCUCAUGUUCUUUUCUACAAUGAAGCGACCAUCCCUGGAGAAGCAAAACAAGAGCAUAUAUUCUGCCGACCUUGACAUUUCAGACAUCUCUGGCAAGCCAAAUCCAGCAAGCGUCACAUACCAAUCCCCCAUCCUCAAGAAUCCGGAUGUGCGCAGUGCCAUCGAGGGGGUCAAGUACAUUGCUGAGACCAUGAAAUCAGACGAGGAGUCCAACAAUGCCUGUGAGGAGUGGAAGUUUGUUGCCAUGGUGCUGGACCACAUUUUGCUCUGUGUCUUCAUGGCCGUGUGUAUUAUCGGCACGCUGGGAGUGUUUGCUGGCCGCCUCAUUGAACUCAGCCUCCAACCCUAAAAGGCAGCCACGCUCCUGAUAUGAAGCAUUUGAUGACCACUCAACAGUUCACUGGAAUAGGAAAGGAGGUUAAUAUCAGGAUUUUGUAAAAAAUAAAUAGACAUUUAUAGUGUGUUUUAGUGGUAUAGUUUGAAGUUUUUACAGACCAACUUUUGAGUGAUUCUUUGUGCUUUGUGUCAGUGACAGCUAUCAGUGAUAGUGGACUCCUACUAUGCCUUAGUCAGGCUGAGUUUUUAACUGCUAACACACGUUUUAAAAAACACUACCCUUCGGCUAAAUAAGAGUUACAAUAUCUUCCCUCCUACUGUUAGAUUGAGUUUAGACAGAAGUUAAGAAUUCAGCUAAUGAAAAGCAAAAAAUAUGGCAUAAAAAUGUUUUGGUUUUCCCUAUCCACACUGGAGGAGUUUAAAUCUUGCUCUCUGCAAGGCAUC